AUGAUCAGGCUUAGUGUCUUACUCGCAGCAGCUGGGAUCACACUUAAUCAUGUCGACGCGGUAUUUCUUCGUCAACACGAAUCAGUUCGCGACUUGAGCACGUUGGAAACCAGCGAAAGCGGUUCGACUGAUGCGUUGGAUUCUUUUAGCGACCGCUUCCUGGCCAGUAUCGACAGCUCGAGUGGUUUUGGCGACAGUGAUGAUUCAGGUGAAGGUGUAUCAGUGGAUCGGCUUUUGGUCCAAGACGUGAUCAGCUCAGACUUAACGGAUGAAAGUGAAGACGGAUCUACAUUCCUGGGUAGACCCACCGUGCGGAAGAGUCUCGAUUCAAGCGAGGAAGUUGACAAUGAAUCAAACGACGACGUCACAGCCUCAGAAGACAGCGAAGAUGAUAGUGAGGACAACGUGGACACUCCUUACCAGCCGGGCACCAUCAAACCUGCUCCAAUCGACAUCUCGGCGUCGGCAAGCCAGGGAUUUGACAAGUCUAGCUUGUCCUGGUGGAAAUAA